UAUGUUAAACCGCAUAAUAGGAGGAGGCGAUAGAAAUUGCAUUUGGGAAUUAAGGAUGAGUGUAGACGCAUUAGGAAGAUUAUGUGAGUUACUUAAAGUUCAGGGUGGAUUAAGUGAUGAUUGUCGUGUAAGUAUACCUGAGCAAGUGAUUAUAUUUUUGAUAAUAUUAGCUCAUCAUAAAAAGAAUCGCACACUUCAAGUUAGAUUUUAUAGGUCAGGAGAAACAAUAAGUAGGUAUUUCAAUAAGGUGUUGUACUCGGUUAUACGUGUUCAAAGCUUAUUGUUUGCAAAGGCUGUUCCUGUCCCAGAUGACUACAUAGAUCCCCGAUGGAAAUGGUUUAAGGGUUAUCUAGGAGCAUUAGAUGGAACAUAUAUAGAUGUGACUGUUCCUGAAGAAGAUAAAUCAAGAUACCGAACAAGAAAGGGUAGAAUAUCAACCAACGUCCUAGGCGUAUGCAAUCAAGAUAUGAAUUUUGUGUACGUACUUAGUGGAUGGGAAGGAUCCGCAUCAGAUUCAAAAGUCCUUAGAGAUGCUAUUUCACGUCGUAAUAACCUCAAGAUACCAAUUGGGAAUUAUUAUUUAUUGGAUGCUGGUUAUACUAAUUGCAAGGGAUUUCUAGCACCAUAUAGGCAAACUCGAUAUCAUGUACAAGAAUGGGCCCAUGGAAGAAAUACACCUAGAAACUUUCGAGAAUAUUUUAACAAGAAGCACUCUUCAGCUAGGAACAUUAUUGAGCGUUGUUUUGGUUUACUUAAGAAGAGAUGGGCAAUUUUAAGGAGUCAUUGUUUCUACAAAAUUAAGACACAAAAUAGAAUAAUAAUUGCAUGUUGUCUACUGCAAAAUUUUAUUCGGCUUAAUAUGGACUCCGAUCCUGAAGAGGACAUUUUACUUGAGAAUGACCACGUAAUUAUUGGAGAGGAGCAUGGUGGUAAUGAAGAUGACGAAGAUGAGAUGAUUGACAUUGUAGAGGAAAGCAACGAAUGGACUGCUUGGCGAGACAACUUAGCACAUGAAAUGUACACUGAGUGGAUGCAUAGCCGUAUAGAUUAG